AUGUCAGAACUAAUUCUUACCGAAGAACUCACGCUCGAGUAUCUUAGCUUGAGGCCUGAAGAUGAAACUGUUACUCACAGCGCUACUGCCCUAGUUACGGACUUCAGCGAUUGUAGGAAUGAGCCUGAACGAGCGCAAGCAGCGAUCGCUAAACAACACGUGAUUGUUCGGCGAUCAUCUGCGAUCAUGUCUGACUUUGAUAAGCCUUUUUGGAUCUAUGCAUUUGUGGAGCUUUUUCCUUUCGGUCGUGGCGGUUUGGACGAGCCGCGAUCAAUACCGAUUGGUAUCGAAGAAUAUAUUCGCUACUGCCUGAGAUUGUCGCCACGGCGCCACGCGAGACAUCAUUCGUUUACGUUUGUUGCGUUCGAUGUGCUUGCCAGGCAUCGGGCUAUGCAAGCUGUCUAUUUGCGUGCAAAAAUGGCUCCUUCCGCUGUGGCUAUGACGACGUCUAUCAGGAGAGAAGAACUUGUGGAACAUUUGAGAAGGCGAGAAAAUCAUUUGCAAAAUCUAUCAAAGAAUACGUUCGGUGCCCCUGCGCCUCACGCGGAGCAGAAUAUCCGGAAUUUGUUUUCGCUCAUUUCUACAGGAAUGCGCGCUCACUUCGGGUCCAACGAAGAACGUUCUCGCGCGAGAUCGAACCUUCUCGCUAUGCAGCUAGCAUACGGACAACCAUCGAUCUUUUUCACCAUCUCACCUAGCAGUUCCUCGUCGUAUCGCGUCGCAGCUCUAGGCGGCGCUGUCGAAGAUGAACUACUGGACGCAGUAAACCAAGAGCUUACAUAAAGACUCCGCAUGAGCAAAGCAAAGCUGGGAGCUGCGGCUGCAUCAAACCCAACGGCUUGUGCCCGUUAUUACGACGUCGUGAUCACUCUGUUUGUGGACGUAAUACUCAACUUUGACAGAGAAAGGCAGUGCUCCAGGACUGGAAGGGGUGUCUUCGGUGUAACCAAAGCCUAUUUCGUAUCUACGGAAUCGCAAAACUCAACAGGCGAUCUUCAUGGCCACAUGCUUAUAAGGAUCGAUGGUAUGCCUACGACUACUAUCAACUACUACGAACGG